UUUCGUCUAUUCGUGUAUGCACUAUUGAUUGUGCCAUCUAUGAAUUCAAUGUCUGUUCGUCUCUGCUACACUCACGGUUGAAUUAUAUAGUCAAUUGGUGUUUUUCGGAUUUGCGAUUCCAGUGUUUUGUUCGUAGUGCCUCACUUUUAUCAGAAUUAGUAGACGCGUGUGUGUAUAGGUUAUAUAUCUGAUGAUUCUGAGAUUCCCGAAAGACAUUAUAGAAAAUUUAUUACACCUUACAACAUGUCAGGAGUCGAGAAUCAUGUUUGUAUGUUCUCCAUGAAAAUACGUUUGUCGCUUGCACAAUUUGAAUUUACUCAUUUUGUAGUGAGUACUUGUUAAUAGGAUAUAUAAAUAACAACAAUGUCAGUACACUAUAAAUUUAAGUCCACUUUGGACUAUGACACUGUGUCCUUUGAUGGAUUACAUAUUUCUGUAGCGGAUUUGAAGAAAGCUAUUUUCCAUCAGAAACGUAUAGGAAAAAAUACAGAUUUUGAUUUGCAAAUAACAAAUGCGCAAACAAAAGAAGAUUACACAGAUGAUAAUGCCUUGAUUGCAAAGAAUACUAGCCUUAUUGUUGCCAGGGUUCCAUUGACUGUACAACAAAAACGAUCAUGGGAUAGAAGUGAAACUCCUUCAUUUAGUAAUUUAAAGGAUGAAGCAAAUCUUGGUCGGACUGUAGAUCUUACACGACUCGAUGGCUCCGAAGAGGACAAAAUUCGUGCCAUGAUGACUCAGUCAACCCAAGAUUACGAUCCAUCAAAUUACAUGAAAAUACGUGGAGCCAAUCAAACUGGCGAUGUGCCUGCAAAUUAUCGUUGUUAUAAAUGCCAUCAACCUGGUCAUUGGAUAAAGAAUUGUCCACUAGGAACAAAUCAGGAACCCAUAGAAAUUAAGAAAAGCACAGGCAUUCCUAGAAGUUUUAUGGUUCCAGUAGAAGGACCAAGAGUUCCUGGUGCUAUGAUGACUCCUACUGGCCAGUAUGCAGUUCCAGCCAUUGAUCAUCAAGCAUACAAAGAGGGUAAAAAGGAGCGACCACCAUUCUCACAAGAUCCAGAGCCUGCCGUGGAAAAGCCUGAAAUUCCAGAAGACCUGUUAUGCAACAUUUGCAAAGAUCUUCUGACUGAUACAGUAAUGAUACCAUGUUGUGGGAAUUCAUUUUGCGACGAAUGUAUCCGUACAUUCUUAUUAGAAUCUGAAGAACACGAAUGUCCAGAUUGCAAUGAGAAAGAUGUGUCUCCAGAAACUCUUAUACCCAACCGAUUUUUACGAACUGCUGUAAUGAAUUUUAAGAAUGAAACUGGAUAUGCAAAACGACAAACGUAUAGACAGCCUACUCAGACAAAUAGACAAGUAGAUCAACAAAAAGCUGAACACAUUGCAAGUCAAACAUUGAAUCAAAACAAACCUGUCCAAACUCCAGCUGGAGCAAGUGCGCCUUCUCAAGAAAAUACGGAAAUACAGCCAACAAAUUUUGAUUCUGCUCCUCAGCAAUUUCCAGCUAGCACUGCACCACAACCGCAAACAGCAAUUCUUCCUGAAUCAACAUCAGAAUCUGAUUUGCAAAGUGAUUCUGUAACAAAGUUAACUACAGACGAAGAAACAGAGGUACCACCUCCUCCAGGAACAGAACCUUUGCUUCCAAUACCUGCUAUUGGGAGUUCUCCAGAAAGAGACAGAGAAAGAAGCGAUCCUCCAAGUCGAGAAAAGAAAGAUCGUGAGAAUGAAUACUUGGGAGAAAGACAACCGAGAGAACGAAGGCGAAGUUUUAGCAGAGAUGGUCAUCGUGAUAGAAGUGGAGAACGUGGCCGUAGAAUUGAAAAUUUGCGACCAUUGAGUAGAAGACGAUCUUUAUCUCCUAGGCAUUCUCAACAUAGUGAUUAUAGUUCUCAAGGAGCACCAUUACCACAUUUAAUGAACCCACCCCCAUCAAAAGGUUAUCAAGGGCUACCACCAGACGAUGGACAUUAUCCUCCUAGUAUGCAUUAUGAUAGUGCCAUACGUAGAUCAACUGAAGAUCGUCCAGGCACUCCAACGGUUGAUGAACCACAUUUACACGUGCCGACAUCUGGCAAUCAACCACCUCUUUUACCGUUUCCACCAGGGGAGGAUCGUAUUCCACAACCAAGUUAUAAUCAACCACCACCUAAUGUACCGCCACAUAACGCACCAUUACUGCCGGAUCCGUAUAUGAGUCAUCGGAUACCAAUGUAUCCUCAUCAACAAGGAUCUCACUAUGGACCUCCUCGGUAUGAAAGGCCUCCUUAUCAACAACAAGGAUACAGACCGUCACAACCACCUAGAAACUAUAAUGGACCGCCACGACCGAUCAGAGGAAUGCACCACAUCAGCUAUCGAGGAUUACAACCCCCACCACCAGGUUUAAGUAGAAAUAUACAUAAUGGCAAUCCACCUGGUAUAAUUGACGAUCCUCUGGAAGCUUUUGAACGAAUGCUAAGAGAGAAAGAUGAACGGGAUAGAAGGCUUGGAAAACAUAGAAGGAGAAGCAGAACAAGAUCGAGAUCUCGCAGUUAUACUAGAUCUAGAUCACGAUCGUUCGGUCGUAGAUCGCCAUUCCCGGCUCGUUUAAGCCGAUCCAGAAGCCCUCCUUCGAAGAGAAGAUCUUCGAGAUCGCCUUUGCCUUUACGAGCGCGAAGUCGCACUCCGAAACGUAGAUCAAGAAGCGGAAGUUUCUCGAUUAGCAGAUCUAGAUCGUAUUCACGUAGUCAGUCCCCUAGAUUAUCUUUAUCACGAGAUAGAGAAAGGGACAGAGAAAGAGAUCGAGAGCGCGAUCGAGAUCGUGAUCGCGACCGUGAUCGUGAUCGUGAUCGUGAUCGUGAUCGUGAUCGUGAUCGUGAUCGUGAUCGUGAUCGAGAUCGGGAUCGGGAUCGAGAUCGAGAUCGAGAACGCGAUCGCGACCGUGAUCGUGAUCGUGACCGUGAUCGGGACAGAGAAGUACUUUCUAGAUAUCGUUCACCAGCUAGAUCACCUCUGAGAUUUCAAAGAGAGAGGGAUCGUGAUAGAGAACGACCGAGAUCACGCGAGCCCAGAGAAGGCUAUAAUAGUUACUACAAUGAUUCGCCGGCACACGAUUAUCAAUUUCGUGAUCGGGAGCGUGAUUUACCUCCUAGAGACAGGCCAAUACAGAGAUAUCCGAUAAGGAACCAACCGACACAACAUAAUAUACCACCUUUGUUGCCGCAUCUAGUCACUGGUCACCCACCGCCGCUUAUGUCUUUGGGACCUCCGCCUACGGACAGGAAAGACUAUUAUGAUUCCUACAACAGAUAUCCCGGACCAUCUACGCAACGUUUUGGUAGUCCUAUACGGGACACUCCACACAAGAGAUUCGACGACGUUGCUCCUCCUGGGACCGAGGGUUACUAUGAUCUCUCACCACCAGGGGUUGAGCAUUCUGAUAGAUCAUCGCGCGAUGAUCGAGAUCGACGUUUAAUAAGAGAUCAAGAAGAUCGUGAGCACUCUCUCAAAGAUCACGAUGCUGAAGAGCGAGACAGAUUAAGAGAGGACAGGGGACGUGAACGUGACGAUCGUUUACGUGAGAGAGACGACAGAGAUCGUAGAGUUCUUAAUCGAGAUCGGGAAGAUCGAGACAGACAAGUAUUACCUAGAGAUCAUGACGACAGGCCACGUGAGAAAGAUGAACGUGACAGGAGAGAAAAAGAAAAGGAACGAGACGACAGGCACACACGUGACCGUCGUGAUGAUGAUAGACAUGUUGAGAAAAAAGAUUAUGACAAGGAUCGUUACAGAGAUGAAAGAGAUCGUCACAGACAAGAUGAUAAGAACCGUAAUCGCGAGAAAGACAGACGUGAACGAGAUUACGAGUCGGAAAAGGAUAGGGACCGACACGAACGUUACGAGAGACGAUCUGUAGAAAGAAAAAAGAAUAGGAAGAGUCCCACGCCAUACUCACAAAAGUCCCGGACAGAUGCUAAAGACUUGUCGCCUGAACGUAUAAAGAAAAAGGAGAAGGACCAUGAAGAGAAGAGCGAAGAAAAGAAAAAAGAGAAAAAGAUCAAAGAGAAAAAGAAGAAGAAGGACGAAGAUAAGGAAAAGAAAAAGAAAAAGAAGAAGGAGAAGAAAGCAGGUCAGAAAGAGGUAGCGAAAGAUGAACCUAUCAAAUCAUCUGAACAAGAGGAUUCGAUAGUGGAAACUAGACAGGAAACUAUGUCGCCUGUUAAACCUGAUACCAUGAAACCUAUUAACGAAGAAGAAAACAUUGAAACUAGAAUAGAAUGCAUUCCUGCAGAAGUUCUGAUGGAGGAGUCAAUUAAAGAAGAGUUCGAAGAUAAGUCAUUAGCUAUGAAUCCAGAACCGCCAGAGUUUAACGAACCUAGUCCAGAGAGGAUCGAUCAUACGGAAUUCGGAACAAAUCCCCCGAACCCUAAUUUCAAACCAAUUCCGGAGUUAAAAUCUGAAAUUAAACCUAUUGAUAGUCUUUACAGUGGAUUAGACGACGCGGAAAUAAAUACUGUCAUCACGGAGAAGUAUUCUUUACUAUCUGAGAACGAAACGGAAGAGAAAAACACUUUACUGGAAGACAAAUCACCGAAGAAGGAUGAAUUCUUGGCUCCCUUACCUGAGCUUUCCAAAUGGGAGAGGGACGACACCAUAGAGAAACCAGACGAGGUAUGCGAGUCUUCUAUAGAAAAAAUACAACUAGACGAACCGAAGUCUACUAAAGUAGUUACAUCGGAAGUAUUAAAACGAGCGGAAAACGCGAUUUUCCAGAAAGCCAUCAACGCCAUUAGACCCAUCGAGAUUAAGAAGAUCAGCGAAAGUAGGAAAGUGCUGUACCAGAAUCCAGAGCCUAAAGUGCUCGAAGCUGAAGUCAACAGAGAGCCAAGGAAGAGUGUAAACGUGACCAUAAACGUCGGGCGCAACGAACGAAACGUUGAAAUCACAGAACCGGUAAAGAAAGCUAAAUUAGACAGAACAAAAUUCAAACCAGUUCCAGAAACGUACUCGCCUACGAGACUGUCUGCUAAGGAGAGAUUAGGGGAGAAAGUGGAGGAAGGUAAAGAAAGAAAGAUCAGCCCUAUCAAAAGCUUCUUAGAGAGACGCGAGACAAAGAGUGAAACGCAAUCUAGAAGUCGAUCGCCUAGGAACAGAGACAAGAGGAUUUCACCGCUUCUGGAAAGGCGUAUCGAUUCGUCGUUGACAUUGCCAGGUAAUGAACGAAAGGUGUUUCUCGAUGACAGGAAACGGGACAACAAGGACAGAGGAGACCGCUCGAAGGACAGAAAUGACUUCAGAAGCGAGCGUCACGAUAUGAGAUCCGAGAGAGACCCGAGGAUGGAUUCCAGAGGCGAUUUCAGGUCAAAUCGAAAUGAUUCCAAGGGCGAUCGGAUGGAUAAGGAUAGGGAGAAGGAGAGGGAUAGGGAGAGAAGAGGAAAAACGCCCACUUGUACCUUCAAAAGGAACGAGAUGUCAAAGGUGGGUCUUCUGAAGGGUAAGGAGGACGAGGAGGACAGGAGGAGAGACAAAAAGUCAAAAGAAGACAAGAAGAGGAAGAAAGAGCAUCGAAGCAGAAGUAAGUCUAAAGAGCAUAAGAAGCGGAAGGAGAAGAAGCAUAAAAAGGAUAAAGAAAAGAACUUGGAGAAGAAGCAAAAGCAUAAAGAUAGUCUUCUGAUGAAGGAGAAACCGGAGACCAGUGAGGCGAAAAUAAGUUAUGAGAAUCCUGAGCCGCCGGUUGCAGAGACCGUGAAGAAACAACGGAAGAAUCCGAGACUUGUUUCCGACCGCAAACGUAGCAUACUUGAUGAAGCUAGCUUCGAGCCUGACUACAGCGCUUCGGACUCCGAAUCCGACGGCGAAGACGGCAAAAUAAUAUCAUUGCCUACCAAGAAAUUAAAACUGGACGAGCCAGAUAUAGAGAAGGAGAUGGAUUUAAAGUCCCUUAAAAAGCGAUCAAAAUCUACGAGCAGUGAGGAUUCGUCUAGUAGCUCGGACACGACCAGCACGGAUUCGGAUAGCUCGGACGAGUCACAUAAGAAAAAGAAGAAAAAACACAAGAAGCACAAGAAAAAGAAGUCCGCCAAGAGGGACAGCAGCUCGGAUUCAGACUCGUACUCGGAUUCGUCUGACACAAGCAGCGAUGAGGAGAAACACAAAAAGAAAUCAAAGAAAUCAAAGAGUAGAAAUAAACAGUCGAAGAAAAAGAAAAAGUCGAAGCACAAAUGAUAUCGCUAGAUAAGCUUACUAUUUUAAAAUUGAAUUCUGACAAGAACUUUUUCUUUGUGAAUGCUUUUUAAUAUAAGGGAUUCUCAAUCAGAAUUAUUUAGAAUUCUAUGCACCGAAAUACGAUGGUUGUCCGAUGCAAAACAAAGUAGAAAACUUCUUCUCUAUUUAUAAUACUAUAACAGUGUUCAAAGUUAAUUUGAAACAGUCAUUACUGAUUUAUUACUUGCUACAAAUAGUUAACACAUUUUUGGGAAUGAAACACUUAAUGAAAUAACGAGUGGGUAAACAAAGUAUGAUGUUUAAUUUCGUAUAUUUCAUUUUUUUGAAAUGUUAUUAAGGCCUUUACAUGUAAUUGUCUACAUUUCAAUUUCAAGAAUAAAACGAUGUAAGUAAAUUCAUUACAAUAAGUGAUGUAUAUUAUAGCAUUCAGUAGAUAAUGAUAUCACUAAGAAAUCCGGUACAAUACUUUAGAAAGUAACAGCAAUUAUAUUUAAGAUCUCCAAUAUCUCAGCAUUAUAUUGUACUUUCGUAAUGUACUGUCAAUAUGUAAAAGACGUCAUAAAAAAACAAGACGAGAUUCUUUUAAUUUAUCUUUCUUCUUGUUGAAUAAAAUAUUGUACACGUACAAAAAGACGAA